AUGAAUGGGAAGAGUAGAGCCAUCCAACUCCCGCUCUCCUGUCAACAGCAGAUCGAGGACUUCAUCCAGAGAGCGGGAGGACCACUGCACUUCCACGUUCUGAACAGCAAAGCAGUGCGAACCGAGAGUGCGCUCUCAGCUGGCGUGCUCUGGUCCGAGGAGAGAGGGGGAGAGAGAGAGAGAGACCCACCGACCGACCCUGGCCUCAGUGGGACAGUCUUCACACAAUGGUGCAAAAACAGUCACCUCCUCCUCAACGUCACCAAGACAAAGGAACUCAUCCUGGACACAUGCCGUAAACUCCCCACCCCUCACUGCCCCAUCUCCAUAAACAGCCAGCCAGUAGAAAUUGUUGACAGCUUCAGGUUUGUGUCCAAAGUCGAGGAAGUGCUAAAUGACUGGAAGCUGAUUGGGAACUCCACAGAAAAGUUGUCCCCACAGAAGGGUGAAUAUACCAAUGGCACAUGGGGGGAGAGGUCUCAGGAUAUCCAUUUUGCUGACUUUAAGUUCUACAUAACUCACUACUUUCUGAAACAAGAAUGUGAGAAGGACGAUGGGAAGGACAAACUGGAGGAAGAUCCCUUCCCCUUGGCAAUGCAGGAUCUUCUCUGUGCGAACAAUGACUUCCCUCCUCGAGCCCACUGCCUGGUUAGAUGGUAUGGCAUACGAGAGUUUGUGGUCAUCACUCCUGGAACCAACUGCGAGGCUAUCAUCAGUGAAUCCAAAUGCAAUCUGCUUCUCAGCUCCAUCUCCAUUUCUCUGGCCAACAGUGGCUGCCAGGUGCCCAUGUUUGUGCAGAUCCAGCAGAAGUGGAGGCGGAUGUAUGCCGGAGAGUGUCAUGGACCAGGUGUACGCACUGACUUUGAGAUGGUCCACCUCCGCAAGGUGCCAAGCCAAUACAACCACCUGUCUGGCCUGCUUGACAUCUUUAAGUCUAAGAUAGGUUGCACCCUGACCCCUCUACCUCCAGUCAACAUUGCCAUCCGUUUUACGUACAUUCUCCAGGACUGGCAGCAGUAUUCAUGGCCACAGCAGCCUCCAGAUUUUGACACACUUCUUGGAGGUGAGGUUGGAGGGGUUGAAUUUGGGAAGCUUCCAUUUGGAGCCUGUGAGGAGCCAAUCAGUGAGCUUCAUCUUGCAACCACUUGGCCUCAUCUGACGGAAGGCAUAGUUGUGGACAAUGAUGUCUACAGUGACCUUGACCCUCUCCAAGCUCCUAACUGGUCAGUCCGACUCAGGACAGCUGAAAACCCUCAGUGUUUACUAGGUGACCUUUUGACAGAGUUCUUUAAACUCUGCUGUAGGAAGGAGUCUACAGAUGAGAUUCUGGGAAGAGGAUUGGCUGAAGAGGAGGGUAAAGAAAAUAGUGACAUCAGCGCCGCUUUAUCCAAGCUGACAGAGCCAGCAGGAGCAGUGCCAAUCUCCAAACUUUCUGUCUCCAAUAUGGUCCACAGCGCCCGAAAGCACAUCCGACGCCACAGACGCAUUAAUGAGUCACCACUCAACACUGAUAUACUCAAUUCUGUCCUUCUGUAUCUCUUCCCAGAUGCUGCUGUAGAGAAGUCAUCAGAGAAUAGCAAGAAUAAAACUUCACAGUCAAAUGCCAGUGGGAAGGCCGAGCAAGAUAAAAACUCUGACUAUAACCUUUUUCUCCAGCUGAAGUCAGCACCCAGUGACUCUCUGACCUACAAGCUGGCACUCUGUGUGUGUCUGGUCAACUACAACCAUGGCGGGCUACGCGCUGUUGCCCACCUCUGGCAGGAGUUUGUCCUAGAGUUGCGCUACCGCUGGGAAAACAACUACCUCAUCUACGGAUUGUCUGGUGGACCUCCUGAUCUUCGCUGUUGUCUAUUGCAUCAGAAGCUCCAGAUGCUGAACUGCUGCAUUGAGAGGAAGCGGGCCAGAGACAAGGUGCUGGAGGGAAGCAAAGAGAGAGAGCACAGGCUGUCCGGUGACUGCCAGAAUGGUCCCAACAUACCAGAGUCUACAAAGACAACAAUGACUGCAUCCACUUCAACAAGGGAUGUGUCUCCGGGGAAAUCCUGGGACUCAUGGAGCGACAGUGAGGAUGAGUUCUUUGAGUGCCUGAGUGACCAGGGGGAGAUAGAGGCUCCACAUACUGAGGGAAAAGAAAAAGAUGGCAGUAAAAGUAAAGCAGAGGGAAGGCUGCAUCCCUAUAACAACAUGACUCUACUCAACUCUACAGAGCCUCUCUUCGUUCCUGUCACACAGGAACCUGCUCCCAUGACAGAGGAUAUGUUAGAUGAGCAGUCAGAAGUACUGGCCAAACUGGGCACAUCAGCUGAAGGUACCCACCUCCGUGCCCGGAUGCAGAGUGCCUGUCUGCUCUCUGACAUGGAGUCCUUUAAGGCAGCCAACCCAGGCUGUGUUCUGGCGGACUUUGUGCGCUGGUACUCACCUAGAGAUUACGUGGAGGAGGAGGUGGUCGACGAGAGGGGUAACACAGUGGUGAAAGGCGAACUUAGUGCCAGGAUGAAGAUCCCAGGCAACAUGUGGGUGGAGGCUUGGGAGACGGCCAGGGUUACACCUGCACGCCGCCAAAGAAGACUGUUUGAUGACACUAAGGAGGCUGAAAAGGUUCUGCACUAUUUGUCAAUACAGAAACCUGCAGACCUGACCUGCCAUCUCCUGCCCUGCAUACUCCAUGCUGCUAUUCUGAAGUUGAAGGAGGAAGAGUCAGAUGAAGACAUUCCGUCAGUCAAAAAGACCAUUCAGCAAGCUACAUGUCAAGCUAGCAAGCUGCUGCACCCCCCCAACCAUGACUACAAGAAGUUAGAGGAUUUUAUUCACCAGUUGAUAGCCAUGGAGACAGUCAUCACCCGAGCUCGCUCGCUAAAGGCCAAGUUUGCCAUUUGUGAGGGUGAGAAGGGAGAGGACACAGAAGAGCUAAAGAAGUUUGUGAGUUCCCUGCUGGAAGAACCAGAGGUGGUGGUGAUCGGAGCUGGCCAGGGUCCAGCUGGCAGUAUCAUCCACAAGCUGUUUGUCAACGCUCAGAGGGUAAGCAGUCUCACUAUCACAAGAGGUGGUUAUCUCAUUGUAUGGUUAUGGUAG